AGGGAUAUGAGAGAGAUUUGUGGAGGUAGAAAGGGACAGGAUAGACAUCCCACCGGAAAUACGGGCGAGCCGUACACAAAUCGCUGUUUAUUCAGUUUCUGAUAUUUUAAUGGUGGAAUUUAACUAACCAAUGCUCUCACUCACUCCUACUAUCUUUUUUUUCUUUUUCUUUUUUCUUUUUUCUUUUCUCUUUCUUCUUCUUCGUCUUUCUGCCAUACAUCACUCCUUGCAGUCGCAGUAUUGCAGCCGCUGCAGUACUGCUCCAGUUCAGUCUCUCUCUCUCUGCACAACCACACACACACACAGAAACAACAAAGAAAAGGGGAGGUCAAAAUUAUAUCAAUUCCCCUAUUUUCUCUUUUCAAUUUCCUUUCUUUACUUUUCUUUUAAUUAACCCAUCAAAUCUUGAUUUGAUAUUGAUUUCCCACAAAACCCCAUUUCUCUCUAUCUAAAGGGAAAUACGAAAGAAGGGGUCGAGAGUAACAGAGGUGUUUGUGUUACUAUGUGUGUGUGAGAGAGAAAGAGAGAAGGGGUCUGGUCUUUCUCUGUGUGUAGUGUGUUGUUUUUUGAGCGGAAGACCCUCUUUUAGCAUUAGCGAAGGUGCACCCAUUUCUAAAAAUGCAGGCAUGAGCUCCUCCUCCUCUUACCUCGCACUCUUUCUUCUUCCGUUCCUGAAACUCUCUGAAACCCUUCAUCUUUUCAGGCUUCUAUUUAACCACUUCUUUCUUAUUAUUAUUCUUCUUCUUCUACUUUUAUUGCUGCACCCCUCUUCUUCUUUCUUCUAGGGCUUACCUUUCAAAUGGGUGCUCUCAUCGAUCUAAAUACUACUGAAGAAGAUGAAUCUCACUCUCCCGCUGGUUCCUCUGUUUCUUCUUCCUCCGCUUCUGCUUUAACUUCCUCUCCUUCGCCUUCUGUUACUUCCUCAAUUUGCUUGGAGUUAUGGCAUGCUUGUGCUGGCCCUCUCACGUCUUUGCCCAAGAAGGGGAGUUUGGUUGUCUACUUGCCCCAGGGUCACUUCGAACAGAUGCAAGAAUUUCCGCCUACACCUUAUGAUCUCCCUCCUCACAUCCUCUGCCGCGUCAUUGAUGUUCAGCUUCAUCAGGCUGAAGCUGGGAGUGACGAGGUUUAUGCUCAGGUCUCGUUGUUUCCUGAAAACGAGCAAAUGGAGCACAAGAUGCAGGAAGAGAUGAAUAAUGACAGCGAGGAGGAGGAUGUUGAAGAAGGUGAAAAGACUACAACACCCCACAUGUUCUGCAAGACUCUUACUGCUUCCGACACUAGUACUCAUGGAGGCUUCUCUGUCCCUAGACGUGCAGCUGAGGAUUGCUUCCCGCCAUUGGAUUAUAAUCAACAGAGGCCUUCACAAGAGCUUGUAGCAAAGGAUCUCCUUGGCCUAAAAUGGAAGUUCAGGCACAUAUAUCGCGGGCAGCCUAGAAGGCAUUUGCUGACCACUGGAUGGAGUGCUUUUGUGAACAAGAAAAGGCUUGUUUCUGGAGAUGCAGUGCUUUUUCUUAGGGGCAAUGAUGGUGAAUUAAGACUGGGGAUUCGAAGAGCUGCACAGCUUAAAAGUGGUUCUGCCUUCUCUAAUAUUUGCAGUCAGCAGCUCAACUCUAGUAGUAUCAUGGAUGUGGUUAAUGCUGUAUCCUCAAAAAGUUCUUUUAGCGUAUGCUACAAUCCGAGGGCUGCGUCUUCACAGUUUGUCUUGCCUUUUCACAAGUUCUUGAAGAGCAUUAACCAUUCUUUUUCUGUUGGAUUGAGGUUUAGACUGAGUUUUGAAACCGAUGAUGGGGCAGAUCGAAGACACACUGGACAUAUAACUGGAGUUAGCGAUGUGGAUCCUAUCAGAUGGCCGGGAUCAAGGUGGAGGUCCCUUAUGGUGAGGUGGGACGAUGGCGAAACUAACAGGCAUGGAAGGGUUUCCCCUUGGGAGAUCGAGCCCUCUGGUUCUGUUUCUCUGUCCACCAACUUGGUUCCACCUGGUCUGAAAAGAACCAGAAUUGGGCUCUCUUCCACAAAACUAGAGUUUCCAGUUCCAAAUGGGAUUGGAGCAUCAGACUUUGGGGAAUCUUUAAGGUUCCAGAAGGUCUUGCAAGGUCAAGAAAUUUUAGGUUACAGUACUCCCCCUGACGGUGACAACAACAAUCGUUGUCCACCUGAAAAGAGGAGAUUGAUCCCUGGUUUACAUGGUUCUGGGAUAGCUCUGAUGAGAAAUGGUCCAAGAAACCCACUUAUCAACUCCGAAACUUCCUCCCGGGGUAUCGUGUUUGAUGAAUCCUUCCAAUACCAUAAGGUCUUGCAAGGUCAAGAAAUAUUUCCAAGUCCCUAUUAUGGUAGGGCCGUGGCCACCAAUGAAGUUAAGGCAAAUGGUGGUUGCAGUCCUGCCGACGGCAUUCGAUUGCCUAGGACUAAAGAUGGAUGGCCCAUGGCAAUGCAGUGUGAAAAUUUCCUCACUCGGUCUUCCAUUCCUUCUGUACAAGUCUCAUCACCAUCUUCCGUGUUCAUGUUUCAGCAGUCAAUGGUUCCUGUUCAAAGCUUUAAUUCACAUAACCGUGGCAAUUUCGCAGAACAGAGGAUUAUGAACAAAAGUACAUCCCAUCAUUCUGGGACAACAUUUAUGACCGACCAUAGCAUGAACACUGAAUUCAUCCCACAAGGCAUGUGUCCCACUUCAUUGGGAGAGCAGAAUCAGCUCGGGCUAUCACAUCCUUCAACAACAACAGCAUCAGCAGCGUUUACAGUCAGUAAAGAUCUGUCUUCCACUUGCAAAGCUGGCUGUAGAUUGUUUGGUUUUUCAUUGACAGAGGAAAAGAAUGUUGGGAAUAAAGACGACAAGGGUUCUUCAGCUACAACUCCCAUUAAUGCAGGAACAACCACUGUUCUUUCCAAUAUGGGAGUACAAUGUCCUUUGAAGUCUCCUCUGAUGAACAAGGUGGUUGGAAGCAACUGCACCAAAGGGGCUUUUCAGUACCACCUUGCAAAUUACAAUACCUACUACUGAAUGGGUCUGACUUAUUUGUGGGGGCAGCAAAGAACAUUUGGGGUUAACAAAAAAAGAAGAAAAAAAGAAAAAAGAAAAAAAAAUGGGAAGAAGACUACUGCCUGAUUUUGUUGUUUUGAAUUACAAGCAACGCUAGUGCAGUUGCUGAACACCUGGUGGUUUGUGUUGAUUGUAAUGAUAUCCAUUUGUUGUUAUUGAUCUCUUGUACCUCAGAUUGUAAUUUGUGUAUUGUUUAAUGUUUAGACUGACUGUUCUAAGAAGUAAAAGUUAUGGCAGUUUAGUUAUGGAGAAAUAUUAUGAUGGAAGGAGGGUGUAAUGAUGUGAUUUCCCACCCACGAAUAUUGCCAUAAACUUUAGAGGCAAAACUUGUUGGCAUGAAAAGACCCAUAAUUUGUAAAAUCCUACUUUAUAUUAAAUGUAUGGUAGAUAUUUGGUUGUAGCUUUUUAA